GUUUCCUGGCAGUUUUUACCAAGAAGCUCUCUCGCUUGAAAAAAAACUUGCUCGCUUCUUCCCUGCCACUUCGCCUGCGCUCUUACGUUUAGUUCUCCCGUCGCACCCUCUCAAGUUCUUACUCGAUGUGAUAUCAUUUUCUUCUUCCCUGUGCUAUUCCCAUGGAAGCGUGGUGGCCCCGCUCUCUGGAGAGACAUCUCAAGGCAAUUCUCUCCUCGUCCCGCUCUUUCCCAUUCUCCUUCGCUGCGCUCACGAAAACCCGCUCCUUGCAUACCUUAUCCCCUGUUUUAACCCCCUUAUACAACCUACAACGUCCCUUCUUUCCCUUAUCCCCCCUCCGCCCUACAUAUCGCCGCCGCCCUCUCAUCCUCCGUCUCUUCCUCUUCCGCCCAUAUGCCUUCGACCACGUAAGUGCCUUCUCGUCUGUUUCUCUUGGUCAGGAAUUUGACUGGAAGAACCACCACCACCGUCAGCAGCAGCAAUCGGCCUCAGAGGACGAAAUCUAUGACGAUCACCUUCUCGAGUCUCAGCAGGCGAAGCAGGGCCGGUUUAUCCCCGUAAAGGCCUACUUCCUCUGCACCAGCAUCGAUUUGAGGAGCUUGCAGUCACAGAACGCUUUUAACGUGAUUCCUCCGAGUUCUCGUGCCACCAAUUAUGUGGUGCUUCGGUACUAUGAUUUCAAGGGAGACCAGGGUGUUGAGUUUGGUUCAUUAAAUGAGAGUAAAUGUCACUACAUGAUUGUAUUCCAAUAUGGCUCUGUUGUUCUGUUCAAUGUUUCUGAGCAUGAGGCUGAUGGAUACUUGAAGGUUGUUGAGAAACACGCAUCAGGUUUACUGCCUGAGAUGAGAAAAGAUGAUUAUGCCGUAGUAGAGAAGCCUACUUUGGAUGUAUGGAUGCAAGGGGGGCUUGACUACAUUAUUCUUAAAACUUUGAGCAUAGAUGGAAUCCGCACUAUUGGAAGUGUUCUUGGUCAGAGCAUUGCCUUAGACUACUAUAUCCGGCAAGUUGAUGGAAUGGUUGCAGAAUUCACUGAUAUUAACCGAGGCAUGGAAAAGACCGGCACCUUUACCAUGCAAAGGAAGAAACUUUUUCAGUUGGUUGGAAAAGCAAAUUCAAACAUGGCAGAUGUCAUCCUUAAACUUGGGCUUUUCGAGAGGACAGAUAUUGCUUGGAGAAAUGCUAACUAUGCCCAGAUUUGGGAAUAUCUUCGGGAUGAAUACGAGCUGAGUCAAAGGUUUGGAAACCUUGAUUUUAAGUUGAAGUUCGUUGAGCAUAAUAUUCGAUUUCUUCAGGAAAUUCUUGAGAACAGGAAAUCAGUAUUUUUGGAGUGGCUUAUUAUUGUUCUGAUAGGUGUGGAAAUCCUGCUUUCUGUUUUCAGUAUUGCUCAGGGAUUAUGAGCUCUCUCUCCUAUUAAGCAUAUGAAAUUAAGCUUAAAGGAUUGUAGUGUGGCUUCUACUGAAUCUCACCAUACAACUUUGAAGCUCGGUAGGCAAAGUGCAAGAAUAGCUAUACUUACUAUACUCUUAUUAUCAUGUAUAUAUUAUGCAUUUGAGUAAUUGAUGUUGUAUUCCAUUUUCGCGGCUCGGUUUGCACAUCAGGUACAUAUGCAAGUGUGCAUUGUGCUUUUAGUUGAAUUCAUCAGAAGGGAUUGUGUAGUUCUCUAGUAAGAGUGCGCUUA